CAUUUUCGAAAUUUCGUGACCCGGAUGUACUUUUCUUUGUGUUGCCCACGAGACGCUGGUGAUAACUUCUACCUAAAAACACAAAGCAACAAGACACAUUAUUUCAAAGUAUUUUAUCUGUUGAAUAUAAGAUGACAGGGAAUGUUAAAUUCUUUAGAUUUGUCGGUGGUUUUGUGUGCGGCGCCGCCGUCACCACUGGAUCAUGUGUGGCAGUGAUGAAACUUUACAAGGAUGAGGACACAGAGGACCAGAGAGAGCCCGAGAAAGUUCCUCAGGCACAGCAGGACAUAGGGCGGUAUGGCUUCCCCUUGACAGGAGCUGAGAUACGAUACUACGCCAACCACACAUUGUCCUACAACCAAGCCAUGAAAACACCAAGAUGGGUCGCAGAGCACCUGUCACAUGAGAAACUAUUGGGGAAAGCCGACAGAAAGCACUGUAAAUUCAAGCCAGACCCCAGUAUCGCAGAACCCUUCACUGCACACAAUGCUGACUACCUGGGCAGUGGCUGGUCCAGGGGCCAUAUGGCCCCCGCAGGAGACAACAAGACCUCAGAGCAGUCAAUGGCUGAAACCUUCUACCUAUCGAACAUUGUGCCCCAGAACUAUGAAAACAACGCUGGAUACUGGAACAGACUGGAGAUGUACUGCAGGGACCUGGCCAAGCGCUUUGAUGACGUGUGGGUCAUAUCGGGACCUCUGGUCCUUUCUGAAGAGGGGGCUGAUGGGAAAAAGACAGUGUCCUACCAGGUCAUAGGCAAAGACGACGUGGCCGUCCCCACCCACCUCUUCAAAGUCAUCCUCGUCGGGAAGGAGCAAUCGGCAUCGGGCGAUUUGACUAACAACCAAUCGGCAUCAAAAACCUUGGCCCUCGGGGCCUUUGUCAUACCCAACCAGCCAAUCGGCUUCAAGCGCCCACUGACGGACUUCCAGGUGAGUCUAUCGGAACUAGAGAAGAUCUCGGGCCUGACCUUCUUCCCCAAAGUGGAGCGGACAACUCCGAGCCUCCCCAACUUGUGCGAUAGGGAUUCCUGCCACCUGAUGGACUUUAAGGAUUUCACCUUGUACCUCACGGCCAGGAAGGUGGGCAGUGCCCGCACCACGGUGAAGCUGGAGAAGAGCAUGGCGGAGCUGAAAGAGCAGGGCAUCGCCCCGGACGACUACAUACUCAAACUGUACCAGGAGAAGAAGAAGGAGCUGGAAAACAAAGAGCAUAACCUGGCUCAUCUUCCUUAGGGCACUAAGAGAAAACAUUUUGUAGCAGAAAAAUGUAAUUAGGGUUUCUAAUUGGACAAGUCCACAUAGUCCCUCCCGUUUUCAUUGGUUUGGUGCCUAAUGAACACAACCCUGGAUGGAAUGUCCAUUGUGGCUCUGUGAAACGAGCAACUGGUCAAGUGGCUGUUUUGCUAUGGGUUACGUAGUUUGUUAGAUUGUUUAUUGAACAGAUUUUUCUGUAUAUUUCUUAACGUUUUUUCCCCCAUUGGAAAGUGUAUUUCCCAUGCCAGAAUUACAAAAAAGUUUUUUAAAAAUGUGGAUAGUUCUUUUAUUUACCCUGAACAAAAAUAUAAAUGCAACAUGCAACAAUUUCAGCAUUUUACUGAGUUACAGUUCAUGUAAGGAAAUCAGUCAAUUUAAAUAAAUGUAUUGUCCCCCUGUCUAACUCAAUCAGCUUAUCAGGCUUUUAUGGGUACUAAUCGUUAAUAGAGACCCAGGCGGAAUCAUGCGUUUCCUGUCGCUACUAAUUGCAUUGAGACAUUUCAAUUGGACCGCAGGAAAAGGACACAUGUAUCACCAGUGUAAUGGAUCAGUUUGUUACCGAGAAGCACUAUGGGUCGCUUUAUUGUUUGUAUUACCUCAUAGAUGACUUCAGGACAUUACCACUCAACCACUGCCGUCCUCCAAAUGGACCAGGCGGAUAUCAGAUAUACAGUAGUAUCACAUCACUAAAGACUAGCCUAGACCCAAUCACUCACCCAUCAUCCACACUACACACACACACACACACACACACACACACACACACACACACACACACACACACACACACACACACACACACACACACACACACACACACACA